AGUGAGGAAGUGGGGUACUGAAAACAUAAACGUGACAUUAAGAAGAGAGAGGUCGAUGUAGAGAAGUUUCCUGCUGCACUGAAAGUUCCAGUUGUUUUUCUGGAAGCUGCAUCAAAAUAGAGGAAGUAAAAAAAAAACAUCAACAAGACAUUUUGGGACUAGAUGCAGAGGACGAUGCUUGCCCAGGACUGGAUUUGUGUUUGUUUUUCGUUUUGUGGCUUAGGAGAAGGCUGUGUUGUGUAGUCCUUUUUCAGCCUUCCAACAUGUGUGGAGAGAAGAAAUAACUUAUGGAAUAGAGCCGGAGAAAUCAUCACCAUCUGUAGUGAUGAAGUGCCAGUAGGGGAACUGUUCCCGUGAAGGAUGUUUUGCAUCACCCAUGAGAGCGAGGCAUAAGAGCGCAGCUGUCAAAAGUGGAGAACGAGCGACAUUUUGCAUCAUUUAAAGAGAUUUAUGAUGCCUCGCAAACGAAUGGCUCUCAUUGCUUCACCUGGGAGGAGAAAAGGCCCACCUCCCUUUAGUUCCACUGCUCUCCAGCAACCACACCUCACAAAUCGCAAGAAACCCAACCGGCAGCCCCAGACUUUGUCCUCCUCUCAGCAUCCCCCAGGACCUUCCUCCAUCCUCCUCUCAGACAACGUGACACCGUGGGGUGGCCUUGCUCACUCUGAAUCCUCCUUUACCAUAAGCCCCCCAGCAAUUCCACCAACAAGACCCCCAUCCCUCUCACCCGGUCCUCCGCCGACGGUCACCAAUCCUCAUGAGGAGGAGGAGGAAAACGAUGAAUGUCUGUGUUCAGGUUUCAGCUCUGAAAUCUCCUCUCCGUGCCUGCUGGUACCUCGGAACAACAGAGGUGGAGUGGGCAGAAGGCUGCCGGCGAGAAGCAGGGUCAUACCUCAGUACCAGGUUCCCAGCCUUCCACGCCUGCCACCGCUGAAUCCAAUCACCGAGCUCAGCUUCUCUCGAAGCUUCACGUUUUCCUUCUUCGAGCUGCCGCUGCAUCAUUCCCCUCACUAUCGGGCAGAACGUGCCAGAAACCUCUUUCAGCUGCUGAAGCAGAUACGCUACUGAGUCUCUUGCA